AUGGAUCUAAGCUCUUCCUUGAGUUGGGAACGGCUUCAGUCCGUUUUCUAUAGGUCACAGCCUCUACAAUCAGUUAAAAACAAAACAUCCUCUUUAGGCAUAUCGACAUAUCUUACCGUUGGGCCAAGCAAUACGUCGGUUUACACUUACAGUGAGGAAUUACUGAUAUCCGUGAAUCACGAGAAUCUUCCCUCAACGCACCUUAAAAGUGUUUUAGAAGAUGAUCAUCUUGUGGUUGUAAUGAAAGACAGGGUCAGGGUAUACUCUUCCUUUAUUACGCAGGAGUACAAAGAUCAUACAAUUAUGGGUAAAGAUAGAUUACCAUUGUCAAUUUGGGACUAUAAAAAUGGUAUAGCUAUGACUACUGAGUUCCAUAUGCAUCAGAUUUUCCUCAACCAACCGGUUUUCCCCAACCUAAACAUUUCUCUUCUACUGAAAGACCAUUGGUUUGCCAAUAAAUCCAAAAUUGUGGUAUUAGAUUCUUCAGGGAAAGUGCUGGUUUGUAACUUGGAAACGUCAAACCUACUUGAAUUUGAAGGAUGGACUGGAUGGUAUAAGGGAUGUAUAUCUGAGAAUGGAUAUAUUUGCUUGGUAAAUGGGAAACUUGACACUCUAGUGGUGUUUGAUGACAAUUUGAAUAAACCUUUAAUAAGUGCCAAUCUUGACGAGCUUCCUAAAUCAAUUGCAUGGUGUGGAGAUGAUUUAGUAUGUUGCGUUUUUGGUGACGAAGAAGUACGAUUAAUUGGAUCUAAAACAGAAUACGCUUCGUUUUGGUUUUCAAAUAACAUUGUUCUUUUACAAUCGACCAGCAAUGGCUUGAAAAUUGCAACAGAUGAUCAGAUCGAGUUCAUAUCUAAGGUUCCAACAUGUACCUCUAAUAUCUUUAGUAUUGGUUCGACAUCUCCUGGUGCUAUAUUGCUAGAUUCACUGAACUUGCUACACAACGAACAGAACUCUCCAAAAGCCAUUGAAAAUCUCAAAAUUAUAAACGUUAAGAAGGCAGUAGAUGAGUGUGUAUCGGCGGUUUACGAUGAAUUGGAUCCUUUAUGGCAAAAAAGGUUAUUGGCUGCUGCGUCUUUUGGUAAAGACUCCUUAUCCUCUACUGAAUUUGAUGCAGAUCAUUUUGCAAAAACAUGCAGUUAUCUUAGAGUGCUUAACUUUUUGAAAAGUAUCGGAAUACACCUUACCUUAAGAAUGUUCCUAGCCAUUGGACUAGAGAAUAUUAUAAAAAAGCUAAUUGAUAUCCGCAAAAUAUACGAGAGUCUUGAGAUUGUCAAGUUUUUAAAAUAUCCUGAACUGAUACCGGCUAUAUUUGAAGAGUGGGCUAAGGGGUUGAUACUGACAUCAUCUGAUUCAAGUGACGACGAAUUAUAUCAAAUAAUGACCGAUAGGGCAACUUCUUUAGAUACGCGUUUGCAUUUGUCAAAUACAGCCAAUGUCGCAUUCUUAGAUGGACGUCAUUCUUUGGCAAGGAAACUUGUUAUGGAUGACAAAGACGUUCUACCUAAGAUAGAUCUACUUCUCAAGAUGGAUGAAAUUGAUUUGGCUCUUCAAGAAGCAACUCAGAGUAUGAGUAUCCCGCUAAUAUUAUACUUAUUACUAUACUCCAAAAGAAAAAUGUCCAAUGUUCAAUUUACAAAAACAUUGAUGAUCACGAUGAAAGAAAACAAUAUAUACCAAUACUUUCAGAGACAUGAUUUUUCACUUCUAUACGAUUACCUCAGACAGACAGAUGACUAUCUAACUCUUGCUAGGCUUCUAUGGGACCAUGGUACUGUCGAGGGCCAAGAGACAGUCGCAUUACUAGAUCAAGCGUCGGAACUUUAUGGAAAACUGGCAACAAAUAGUAGUGUGAAACGUGAUAGGAGUAUGCUUGAUAGAGCCAAAAAGCUAGCAACAUAUCAAAACGAGUUAACUAACAGAUAUGGAAUCAGCUUCCAUAGACAAACUAUGGAUGAGACUCUUGCUACUUUAAUCAAAAUAAAUCAAAACUCUGAAGUAAAGAAGAUGGUCAAUGCCUUCAAAAUCUCUGACAGAAAAUAUUAUUUCCUAAAAUGUACACAGCUAGCCAAGGAGCACAGAUUAAAAGAGCUUCUAGCGUUUGCUAAAGAAAAAAAAUCACCUAUUGGUUAUCUACCUUUCUUCAAAGCUGUUUGCAAGUAUGCAAACAAGAAAGAGGCUGCUGUAUAUAUAGGGAUGCUCUCCUCAGCGUCAUAUGCUGAGAAACUUUCCUUAUACAUUGACUGUAGUGCGUACGAUGAGGCCAUAACUCUAGCAUCAUAUGAGAAAGAUGCGAUAGGUUUGAAACAGGUUCUGAACAAAAUUCCACCUAAUGAAACACAGUUGAGGUCAAAGGCAAUGCAACAUUUACAUACUCUAUAG